AUGGAAAUCUUCAAUGAGUUUCCUAUUGGCAAAGCCACUUACAAGCGGUUCUGCAUCUCUAAAGUCGACCAUUCCAUUAGAUCCGGAGAUGUACAUGUAUUUAUACAUAAAAUGGAAGGUACUGAUUUGAAAGAGGUACGGUAUCAAAUUAUUUCCACUCUUUACAAUCAAUACAUCGAUUGGUGCUUGAUUUGA